GACAGUGAGCUUGGCCAGGAAUCGAUUAUUUUUUAUUUUUAUUUUUUUUGCUCAUCAACAUUAUAAUGAAAUGAAGUUGAACUAAAGGACAUCAGGGACCCUGGAGGAGGAGUUGGCCUUCGGUACUGAAAACCAGAGCAUCAGGUCAAGGAUUUACUCCUGGCUCUGCCUCUAUGUCCUGCCCACCCACCUUUCACCACGGAGCAGCCCAGGGAUGUGCUGGUGACAAAUUCACCCCUUUGAGGAACAUAAAGUCAGAACGAUCCGUCGACAUGAAUCCCGUCGUCGUGGUCCACGGCGGCGGAGCCAGCAACAUCUCCAAGGACCGCAAAGAGCGGGUGCGCCAGGGCAUCAUCCGAGCCGCCACCGUGGGUUACAACAUCCUCAAGGAGGGAGGGAGCGCAGUUGACGCUGUGGAAGGAGCCGUGACCGUCCUGGAAGAUGACCCCGAGUUCAACGCAGGUUGUGGAUCUGUCUUGAACGUCAAUGGUGAAGUCGAAAUGGAUGCCAGUAUCAUGAAUGGAAAAGACCUGUCUUCGGGAGCUGUGUCUGCAGUCCGGUGCAUCGCAAACCCCAUCAAGCUUGCGCGGCUUGUUAUGGAAAAGACACCUCAUUGCUUCCUGACUGACCAAGGUGCAGCAAAAUUUGCUGCAGACAUGGGGAUUCCAGAAGUUCCCGAGAAGCAACUGAUAACAGAGAGAAACAUAAAACACCUAGAAAAAGAGAAGAAUGAGAAAAGUGCUCAGAAAACAGACCAACAAAAAAACUUGGGAACUGUGGGCGCCGUCGCCUUGGACUCCGAAGGAAACGUGGCUUACGCGACCUCGACGGGGGGCAUCGUGAAUAAGAUGGCCGGCCGAGUCGGGGACACGCCGUGUAUAGGAUCUGGAGGUUAUGCUGACAAUGACAUUGGAGCCAUUUCCACGACGGGGCACGGGGAAAGCAUCCUGAAGGUGAAUCUGGCCAGACUCACGCUCUUCCACAGAGAACAAGGAAAGACGCUGGAAGAGGCCGCUGACUCGUCGCUGGGUUACAUGAAGUCGAAGCUCAAAGGUUUAGGUGGCGUCAUCCUGAUCAACACAGCAGGAGACUGGGCAGUAAAGUGGACCUCGGCGUCCAUGCCCUGGGCCGCCGCCAAGGACGGCAAGCUGCACUCCGGCAUUGACCUUGACGAAACCAGUAUUGCUGACCUGCCCUAAGCCCCUGGGAGAUCGUGUGCUAGGUGCUAGCGUGGAGGUAAAGUGCAGCUUCCUGACGUGGAGACUUAGCUUAACCAAUUAGAUCUAGAAAUGGAAAAAGCCUACAGUCUGUCACUCGUUUCGUUGCCUUGAUCAAUAAGCACCCGAAUGUGUGGCGAGGGGCGGAUUCCACAGUGACAGAGAAAUCACAGCUGGGGGCCGCCGGGCUUGCUGGCGCCUACGACUCAGGUCGUUCAACGAACCUGCGUUGUGACGACUGAGGUGCCCGUUGCUGGGCUGACCCAAGCCUCAUCUCUCCCUGCCCUUUGUUUCCCAAAAGGCCGGGGUCUGAGCUCCCGCAGAUUGUCCUGAGUUUCCGGUCAGUGGACUGACCGCAUCCUCCCAGACCUCGUUGCACAGAUACCUCCACUUUAAGAAUUCUUUCACUUUGUUCACAAAACAAAGAAACCACAACAACCCUCCCUCCCCACCCCAUCACCCAGAAAUCCCCAAGCAACCAACCAACGAAAACCCAGCUGGUCUCCGUCUCCCUCGUUUCCUUCUAGAGAGUCGCUCUCCUAAAUAAAUACCUUAAGCUCGA